CGUGCAGCGUUUUGCCUGUUUUUGCGCGCCCAUUUAUCGACAUCAUCAGAAGGGUAAACCCAACAAACCAUCGAGGACGGACGAACGUCUACACUGUACAGUAUCAUCCCGAUUCGGCUAUAUUUUCCUUUCUCCUUGUGGGUUCAAGAAGGGAAUUUUGUUCUCGUUGUUGUACGGCAUUUGUUCUUUAUUUUACGCGCUCUUCACCACCAACCAAAAAAGGUCGUCGUGGUGGUACGUGUCAGGGUAGUCGGUACACCAACAAAGAAAAAAAUGGCAAACGAACAAACACCCUUGUUGGGAUCUUAUGCGUAUGGAGACAGCGACGAGUAUCCACCACCACCUGCCACCUCCGUCGUCGUCGUCGACCCUCACGAACAGUUUUGCAUGAUGGUGGGUGUACCUUCGUCCGCACCACCCGACGCCGACGAACAGAAUCAAAACCGGAAGCGUCAAUCCGUGCCCAAAAAGUCCCUGUACGGCCGUGUCACCCGUCAACUCGCCCACCAACGGUGGACGUACUACACGACGGCCUCCUUGUCCAACACCAUGUUACUCACCCAGGUCGUUCUCGGUGCGGCCCUGACGGCCUUGGGGGCCUCGGAAUCCUCGCACGUCCUCAUCACCAUCUUCGGGGCCAUGAACACCGUGAUCGCGGGGCUCGUCGCCUACCUCAAGUCGAGGGGUCAACCGAUGCGGGCUAGAAUGUACCGAGACGACCUGGAAAGGGUGGUGGACGAGAUUGAAAACUCCGAGGUCAUGUGGUUGGGCAUAUCCCGCCACGUCCACGGGUACGACGAGAUCGACACCGACGACGGUCAGGUCAGCGUCCGUAGCGAGGUCGCCAGGCUGACCAGGCUGUACGACCGCGCCGUCAAGAACAACACCAUGAAUAACCCGGACAUGUACAUGGGUAACGGGGGCGGGUAUUACGACGGCAACGGCGCGCAGUUGAGGUCGAGACCGGCCGUACCCACCGUGCUACCUGCCCUACCUAUCGCCGCGGGACCUCAGCAGCCAGUCGUCGCGGCUCCGGCGGUUCAACAACCCAACCUGCCACCACCACCACAACAACAACAACCUGCCCCUGCACCACCGGUCCAAAAUGUUCCCGAUCCGGACGAGAGUCCUGCGACGGCCCCACCUAAGCCGAAAGAGGAGCCCAAGAAGGUGGACGACGAGGUGAAAAAGGACGAAGAUAAGAAAGAAAAGGCGAAUGGUGACGGUGGUGGUGGUGGUGGUGGUGGUGGUGAUGAUACGAAGAAGGAGGAAGAAAAAGGAAAGGAGUCGCCCAAAAAAGAUGGUGAUAACAAACAAGGUGAAUCAUCUUCGUCUUCGUCUUCUCCUUCGGCUCCGGAAAGUGCCGAUCCAUCCCCAGCCAAAGAGAGCAGCUCAUCGCAACCUCAACCACCACCACCAACUCCUCCACCUCCGACUCAGGCUCAGGCUCCUGCGGCAUAUGAUCCAGAUGCGGCUCCAGCAAGUGAUCCGAAUGUACCUUUGAAGAAGGAUUAAAGAAGUCUGAGAUGGUGUGACUUUCAAGUGGUGAUAAUGACUGAAUGAUUGUUUUUU